CAAUGUCGAACACACCUUCGUCAUAGUCUGCCAUGUCUGCCAUAACCACUGAUUCUGCACGACCUUCGACUUCUGAGGCCCCAGCUCAAUCGGGGCCAGUACCACUGUUUGAUCAGCACCUCAAAGUUCUCUCAGACUCAUAUCUCAGCUUCUUCCAGGACAGAAAACGUAUAGAAGAGGUUUAUGUCGAGUCCUUGCUCAGAUUGCAUCGCAAGAUUAAGUCAGUAGACGCUUGGUUAGACGAUCGCAGCACUGAACUCAGUUCUGCACGUCGUGCUUGGAGCGAAGUCGUCGAUAACGUUGAACGAGAGGCCCAGACAAGACAAGCUUUUUUGAGUACUCUGACCGAAGACGCGGUAAAUGCAUUGACCACAUUGAAGGAAACUCAAGAACGGACGCGUAAACGGAUAAAGGACGACAUCAAAGACUCUAACAAUGCGUACGCGGACUACGCAGAAAACACCUUACCCAAGUUAAAACGUACUUAUCUCAGGAAGUGUCAAGAAGUGGAAGACCUCAAGGCUGCCGCUACAGCACCCGCCCCCAGUGUUCAGAACACACCUUAUAUGGAUCAAGAGGGAGGCAAUGUACCCAGUUCCCGAUCGAACCCGAACUUGCCUGCCAAGCCGGUUGUCACUGGGCCACAAGUCCUUCGCCCUCUGGAUCGUAGACCCUCUGGAACCGCACCUGGACCCCGCAACCGCUCGCCAUCUUCUUCUGGCACAUUUUCUGAUUUUGCUCAACAUGGGAAAAAGCAGCUUAACCAGUUGAUGACAUUUCUGGACAAAGGUGGAAAUGUCAGGGAAACCCUGGGUGUGCGUUCAGAAAAUAGUGCUUUGCGGGCUGUGCGUGCGAAACGUGAAGCCGAUGAGGCUGAUAAGGAAUACAGAAAAGGUGUUCAUUGGUUAGAAACACUCCGACUUCGCAAGACAAAGAUCCUCAAAAGUGCCUACGCUAGUCUGGAAACUUUUACCCAUGAAUACACAAGUACGGUGAAGAUCGUACUCGAGAAAUAUGUGGACAACUUGAUGGCGACUACCGUGACCCAAACACAACUAUCCGAACACGCAAGGGCGGUGAUUCAAAAGAUUUCACCGGAAAAGGACUUAGCCCUAGCCACCAACCAACUACCCCGUUCCAUGGCAUCUUUAAUCCAGAAGCCAAUACUAUACUACAACUACAAUGUGGGGGAAUGCAACGAUUUGAUUUUCGGUGUCAGCUUAGUGGACUAUGCCACAUCGCGAGGUCUGUCAGAGGGUGUGGUUCCUAGGAUCGUGCAGCUCUGUAUAGCAGAGGUAGACAGGAAGGGACUGGAGACAGAAGGUAUUUACCGAGUUUCUGGCCGUCACGCCGUAGUUCAGGAUCUACAACACAAGGUGGAAAGGGACGAAACCAAUUUCAAAUUCAACCCCAUUACGGACGAUGUGUAUGCAGUUGCCUCUUUACUCAAGAUGUACCUCCGCGAACUGCCGGAGCCAUUGUUCAAAUAUCCCUUACAGGACCGCGGGGAGUACACAGAUGCACGGGAACACAGCCAACUUUCUCAGAUGCGUUCUAAGAUCCGAAGGUUGCCUGCUAUCCACCGGGAAACGCUACGGACUACAGUUGAACACCUCGCCCGAGUGGCGGAACAUUCGGACAAGAAUAAGAUGGACAUCAAAAACCUUGCUAUCGUAUUUAGCAACGUAAUAUUUGGUGAGGACGAAUUACCAAAGGGCGGUGAUCUUCUCAGCAUGCAGCAUGUGAAGGAUACACGUAUGGAGGAUUUGAUUUUGAACGCUCCCCAGCUAUUCGAAGAGCACCCACUGAGCAGCUCGCCCCCACUGCCUGCAGCACCGGCAGGAGAGGUCCCACCUGUGUACCAGUACGGUUCGUCCCACACGAGGAUCGCAAGCGUUCCGCCUGCCUUGCAAUCCCCAAGACGAGAAGAGGAUUUCACGCCAGUCCUCCCCCCACGGCCGACGAGCAGUAUACACCCUUCACUUCGCGCUAAUCCUGUUUCUCCUAUCCGGGCGACGGCAGAGAUACCUCCCUUACCGCGACCGCACACGCUCGAAGAGAAGCUCUCGUCUCCCAAUACCCGGUCUCAGAUGAAUGAUCAGUUGAUAUCCGAUCCUUCCUUACCACUACCCCAAUCUCCCCAAGCCAGUGUCAUCUCACUUCCCUCGAGCGAGUCUCCUACAUCUUAGUAUGUCGUUGUAUGUAUUUUCUGCGUGUUUUUCGUACUGCACUAGGGACGCCUUGAACUCGUUGAAUGUGGUUUGUAUUGGUACGUAUAGGUUUAAUAUAAUGGACACCAAAUAUCAGAACGUGACCCUGAGG